AUGCCCCUCACACCCAUGGGCUCCAUAAAUGGCCCCUCUUCGAUGAAACACUCUAACCUGCCCUGCCCCAUCUUGGCAUCACCUCUACCACCAAAACUGGAGCCGCCAGAUCGGACUCUCAUCCAUCGAGACACUAUCUUUGUCUAUCCCAGGAAGGGAAUCGAACUCAUACUGUGCCUGGCAGAUCCUCAGGAGGAGAUAUGUGUCUGCUCGCACGGAAAGAGGAUUUCGAUCAGGAGCCUCAAAGAGGGUGCCGUGGCAGCUCCCAAGCAGCUUAUUCUAGAGCACAGCAGCAAAUGGGGAAAGGGCGAAAGAAGGGAAUGGGAAAGGGUGCGGAAACUGGUCGAGGUAUACAAACGCCAGACUCCCCAAGCCAAGUUGUAUCACGCCCUGGGCAACAUCACCGUCACCUGCUCUUCCCCUCCAGACAUCAUCCUAUCAUUCCAGUUUACUCCUCUGCGAAUGCCCGCCUCCAGAGCUGCGGUGGCAGAUGCCCGGGUGCGCGUGACAUACUCGCGUAUCGCGCGCGAGUUGAGGGUUGAUACAUCCUCUACCAAGCCAUCAAAGACCGGACAAGGCACCAAGGGGAGCUAUGAAAAGCUGAGGACCAAGAGGAUUCUCUCGUUGCGAUCCGAUGGGACUGUUGAUAGCAUGGAAAAGAAAGGCAGUACGAAAGACUGGAGGCCAGAGGAGAUGGAAGGUCUCAAGAGGCUCUGGGAUAGCAUGGAAGCCUGGAGCAGAUGGGAAGGGGCGGGCAGUGGACCUGGUUAA